AUGCCCGCUCGCCGCACGACUAAGCCGGACCCGGUCCCCCUCGAUAGCCCAUAUAAGGUAGGCGUCGAGCUGGUAGACGUAAGCUCGACCGACGAAAGCCCAGCCACAGGAGGCAGCGAGAGCAUUAAUACUCGGCCCAGGGCCAACAGAAACACCCCCAGCCAGCCCCCGCGGAGCAUAUGCUUCAUGGUUGAGAACUGCAAGUGGUGUCGCCCCGCGGCGCAGCUCGCCAGUGUGCCCGAGGAGCAGGUUGAAGAGGAAGGUGAGGAAGAGAGCCCGGCCGUCAAUGCGUUGCGCGAGUGCCUCGAGACCAUGGAGCGUGACCGCCUCAGACAGGCGGGGGCCAGGGGGGCUGCCGGUGGGUGUCCUGGUCUUGUGCGGCGGUGCUUGGAUAUGUGCGGCAAGGCCAGUUCUGUCUGA